UUUUAUUUACUUUCCAUGACAAUACCGCCAAAAUAGUCAAUAAGUAAUAAAUACAGUGUCAAGGUUUGAUAAUCGAAAUUUGACUAUUUCAAUAAUUAAUUUGUAAAAAUUUUUUAGUAUUGUUUAGUUAGCUGUUGUGUAUCAUCGAUUGUCAUCCUAUAGUGUUUACUUCUUCGCUAGAAAUAUUUUAAUUAAAAAGUAGUUAUCUUUUGAAUAUCAAGAAGGUGGUAGAUGUUCAAUAAUUAAAAUAUUUUAGAGUCAAUCUACACUCAGAAUGACGUAACUUGCCAAUUGUCCUUUCGAUGCAAUGAAAAGUAACACAAAAAUAAUUUGGAUUUUGUGAAGUUGGUUUAACAGACUUUUCGUCUCCAAUCAUUGCCUUUAUACCUAUACUGUCAUUUUAGUUAUGUAACAUACCUAAACGACUUCAUAACUCUACUACAGACAUUAUUGCAGUAAUUAUUCGGUUAUGCGAAUCUCUUGUACAAGUUUUCAAUAAUUACCUGUGGUUACAGGUUUUAAUGUUUAUGUAAUUGGUCUAACACUUAAACUUUUAGUUUGCUUGUUAUAUUGGCAAAAGCAAAAAGGAAUAGAAAACUAGUGUGUGGCCGGAAGAAGUUCAGAAAUUAAUUUUGGCCGUAGCCAAUCAUCUUAUAAAACGAUUUUUGAAAGAUUUUUUUUGUGUCGAAUAAUAAUUCAAACAUUAAACGACCGUGAACUAGACCUACACUCGUGAUCAUAUUUCUUUUUCGUAAAAGAAGCUGGAAACAUGGACAAUCCAGCAUUCGUUCAAAAUGAGGUUCCACUAAAAGAUCGGAAACAAGUCUCAAUCAAAGAACUUCCGCCACAAAAUGAAAACUUCCAAGGAAAUUCAAAUGGUGAAUUAAUGUACACCGUUGAUGAUGUUCCUCCAUGGUAUUUGUGCCUUUUUUUAGGUCUACAGCACUAUCUCGAAAUGAUUGGCGCUACAAUUGCGUGUCCAUUUUUCCUAGCUCCAGCUCUGUGCAUGGCAGAUGAUGAUCCUGAUAAAGCUAACAUUAUAUCAACUCUGGUUUUUAUGUCUGGUAUCAUAACCAUAUUUCAAAGUACAAUUGGAACAAGGUUGCCAAUUGUUCAGGGCGGCAGUUUCUCGUAUCUAGUACCAUCUUUAGCUAUUAUGAGUUUACCGCGAUGGAAGUGUCCAACUACGGAUGUGUUUGACACUUUGUCCGACGCAGACAAAACGGAAUUGUGGCAAGUUCGUAUGCGAGAAAUCCAAGGAGCUAUCAUUUUUGCCGCUUUAUUUGAAGCUUUGUUUGCUUUUACGGGUCUCAUCGGAUUUUUGGUAAAAUAUUUAACUCCCUUGGCUAUUGCUCCUGCUAUAAGUCUCAUUGGCAUAUCUUUGUUCCAAAGUGCAGCUGAGGAAGCUUCUAAAAACUAUGCGGUGUCGAUAUCUCUUUUGUUGCUACUAGUCAUUUUCUCGCAACAUUUACGAAAUAUUAAAAUCCCAUUCCUUUGUGGAAAUGCAGAACCGAACGGCAAGAAAACCAAAUUUCCCCUGUUUCAAGUGUUUCCGGUUUUACUAUCCGUCGCAACAGUAUGGGCUAUUUGUGCAAUUUUAACUGUAACCGAUGUUCUUCCUGCAAAUGAUGCGGCCCGAACGGAUUCGAAAAUAAAAAUUAUGACGGGUUCGUCAUGGUUUCGUGUUCCCUAUCCAUUUCAAUGGGGCUGGCCCACUGUUUCAAUAGGAGCUGUUCUUGGUAUAUUUUGUGGUGUCAUGACAUCUACAAUUGAAUCACUCGGAGACUAUUUUGCUUGUGCAAGCAUUGCUAAAACUACGAGUCCUCCCAUACACGCUCUAAAUCGUGGAAUAUUCAUUCAAGGUUUUGGUUGUGUUCUAAGUGGUUUUUGGGGAUCAGGUAACGCAUCAACGUCAUAUUCAAACAAUAUAGGGACGAUUGCUGUUACGAGAGUAGCAUCCAGGAGAGUGAUACAAGUAUCCGGAGUCAUCAUGAUAAUUUUGGGAUUAGUGGGAAAAGCUGGGGCUGUUUUUGUAUCGCUACCUGAUCCAAUUAUUGCCGGAAUGUUUUUAUUUAUUUUCCCAUUGAUUAUGGCAGUCGGUAUAAGUACAUUGGCUGAAAUUUCCUUGGAAUCAGCUCGAAACGUCUUUAUCGUCAGUUUCUCAAUUUUUAUGGGACUUACAAUAUCUGAAUGGGCCAAACAUAAUGAAGGAGUAAUUCAAACCGGAUCUGAAGAAGCCGACAAUCUUAUUCAAAUUUUGCUCAGUACCGGAAUGUUCGUUGCUGGUUUCAUUGGAUUCGUGCUUGACAAUACAAUUUCUGGAACUGACGAAGAAAGAGGACUGACUAGACGGAGAAAAGCACAAUUGGAAGCCCAGUUGGCUGGAGAUACUUCAUUUGAUUUUCCUUGGGGAAUGGAAGCAAUUAAAAAGAUAAAAUGGCUGCGAUAUCUACCGAUCUCACCGACUUACGAAAAAGACCUGAUCGAAUUUCUACCAUUUUGUAAAAAGCGAAAAGUUGUCAUAUCCGAUGGUGUGAAUGGGAACACAACUCACUUGUGAUUUGGAGACAAGAGGUUUACCAGCAGAGAGGAGAUUAAUUUCAUUUUAAAAUUUUGAAUAAAUCGGUUUUACG